AUGAGAACAAUACUUCAAGAACGAAUUGUUAAUAUUGAAGAAAAACAAACUAAACAAUGGAAUGAAAAUUUUAAUAUUAAAUCUUUCGAUGAACAAGAAAAACAAGUAAAUCGUUUUCUUGAUUUUCUCAAUGAACCAUCAAUAUCGAAUGAAACAUCACAAAAUAUAACUUAUUCAAAUGAUAAUGAUAUUUGGUCAGAAGUUCUUCAUGAAACGACUAAUUAUCCAAAUAUAGAUAAUUUACUUGAUCAUGAUGAUUUGUCUCGACAACCACAAAAUUCAACAAUCGAAGAACAUUUAGAAUAUUCAUCUCUAUUUGAAUUACAUAUUAAAUUUGUUCCUUUAACAUUAUCAAAUUUAUUUGAGGAAAUUCAUAAACAAUGUCAAGAAGUACAAACACAAGUCAUACCUGUGACUAAAGCACAAAGAUUCGUCAUCACUCAUCCAGAUGGAAAAGUACAUACUUACUUGUGGAAAAGUGAAAAUUUAUUUGAAAAAUUACGUAAUCUCUUUGAUAAAGAAAAAUACGAUAUUAAUACAUUUGUUGUUGUUGAUAAGAACGAAAUUUUUAUCGAUUUUACAAAUCGAAAUAUUCAAUUACAAUAUGAAAUAUCUCUUGAAUAUUUUAUUAUUGAAAAGAUUUUAUUAUUUUCAAUUCAAUUUAAUUAUCAAAGAAAACUAUUCGAAUAUUUCGCCACAUCGAAAAGUAAUAUUUCUAUAAUCAUUAAUCGUUUUAUCAAUGAUAAUAACAUUAAACUCUCAUCAAAUAAUAUUUAUCUCUGUUUCUUCGAUCAACAUGGAAAAAGCAUCGACGAUAGAACCAUUGCUGAUGUAACUAAUCAAAUAGAUCAUCUUGACAAUAAAACAAUUUCGAUUACAGUUACACAAGAAGAUAACCAAACGAGUAUGCUAUGCGAAGUCACUUUACGAACUAAACAAAAUACAGAACACACAAGUUUAUUUCAUCCAACAACAAAAUGGCAACAAAUUGAACAAUGGUUGAAAAAUUUUAUUCAAUUGAUUGAUUCUCCUGUCAAAGAAUUUGCAUUUUUUGAUAAAGAACAAAAAACAAUUAUCGAUGAAAAUCAAUCAAUAUGUUCAACAAUAGAACAAACAAAAUCGGCAAUCAUCGAUGGAAUUAGUCGAGAUAUUACAACUAAUGUAACUUUCUCCUAUGAAAAUAAUAGUGUAUUGAUAUAUGCAUUAAAAUCAAUGAGAAUCUGUCAUGUAUUAAAUAAUGAACGUCUUCUAAGACAAUUACAUCUUAUUGAUAUAUCUCCAAAUGAUUGUGUUCUUGUUUUGGGAGAAAUUAAUGAACAACAUAUAUUUCAAUUGACACAAGCUUCAAUUGAUAUUUACAAAUAUUUAGCUUCGAAUUAUUCGAAGAAAAUUCUUGAUUAUAAUGAAAAACUUUCGAAUUUGAUUGAUACGAAAUUUAUUCUCGUCAAAGAAUAUGAGACAUGUCUUGUAUCAAUUGAAAAACCUAAAACUAGUCAAUUGAUUGAUAUUGAUGAUGAAAACAAAGAGAUUCAUCAACGAUUUACUAUUUUUGCUACGAUUGGUGAUAUUUGCAGAGAAAAUCAAAUUGAUAUUGAUCAUCAAAAUCUUUUAUAUUCAGAAGAUUUCGUUGCAUCAAUAGAAACUCAGUUAAUUUGUUUUUCAUCUAUAUCACCUAUUCGAUUUACUUUAAUUAAUGGUAAUUUACCGAUUACAGUGAUCAUUGUAAAUAUGGAAGACCAACAAUCGAUCAAAUUUUAUUGUUCAUUGACAAUUACAGUCAAACGUUUAUCUUUCAUUGCUUGUCAAUUGUUCGGUUUAAAUAGAAAUUAUUAUCGAUUGAUGCAAGUUGAUUGUUUACUUGAUGAUGAAGAAGUUUCUCUAGAUGAUAUUGAUUCAACGAUGAGUCAGUUUCAAUUUCAAUUAAUUUCAACAGCAUCAAAAAACAGUUCUGUCAGAUAUGGUGAUCAAACAGUUGUCUUGCCAUGCUCUAAUGAAACUUUGGCAGCAACAAUUAUCAAAGAAACCUUGCAAAAAUUACAUGUACCUCAAGAAAAUUGUCAUAUCUAUGAAUUGAUGGCUUUAGCUGACGAUCGAACAGCAAUUGAGUCGGAUAUGUCUAUUGACGAUGCUUAUGAAUUAUUUCCUGCUCGUCCAACAACAAUACCAUUUGAAUUGAUAAAGAACACCGAAUAG